GGACGCGCCAAGGAUGAACGAAGUACUUGCAGCAACCAUGGAGCAAAAUCUCAAUGAUCAGACUCGGCGGGAGUUGGAGCAGGAGCUGCACACGGAAAUCAUCCCUGGGACGGAGAUUAUGACAGAUGUGAGCACUCACCACUUUGUCAAGUCAUCCCAAGGAGACCACUCCGUGCUGGUACCUCAGCCGAGCAACGAUGAACAUGACCCUCUGAAUUGGGCCCAGUUUUGGAAGCUUUGUACUGUCUUCUGCGCUAUGCUGUGCGCUCUGGUGCAGGGCAUCGGUCCGAUUGCCUUGGCUCCUAUGUUUCCAUAUUAUAUGAAAGAAUUCCAUGCAAGUCAAGCGGAAGUCGUGGAACUUACCGGAAUCACCAUUUUAGUGCUAGGCUUUAGCAACUUCAUCUGGGUGCCGAUCCAGUCCUGCUUUGGGCGACGCUCCGUGAUGAUUAUUUCAACUUUGAUUUGCUUGGCCAGUAGCAUCUGGAAAGCAAAAGCCACAUCGUAUUCAAGCUUUCUGGGUGGUUGUGUUCUGAAUGGAAUUGGAGCAGGCCCUUCUGAGAGUACUCCACCGACAAUCAUCGCAGACGUGAUUUUCCUCCACGAUCGAGGCAAGUACGAAACGUUAUAUUUCGCAACUUAUUUUGGCGCCUUACAGCUUGGCCCUAUUCUCUCUGGCAAGAUGGCAGAGUACACCGGGUUACCGAGCUUCUGGUGGUUAAAUGCUGGUCUUCAAGGCUUCGCAGUGCUUUGUUUCAUCUUUCUAUUUCCCGAGACAAAAUACAAACGCGGACUGGUGGAUGGCAACACCACCGCCAAACCACCUACUCCUGGCGAUAAACACUCAAAGUUCGAACAGUUGGAAAUAAAGAGCGGAUCUUCAGAUCUAGAGGAAGAGGGCACAUCUCAAGUGCAACAAGUCGAUCAUCUAUGGCUAGCCCAAGGCAAGCCGUCAAAGAGCCAGUGGAAACUAUUCCAAUCUUAUGAAGGCAACCUUCUGUUAGAGUUAUGGCUCCCAUUGAAGGUGUACUUCUUUCCUAUCGUUCAAUUCGCUGCCUUGGUUGUAGCAUGGUCCUGCUCUUCGUCACUGACCCUUAAUCUUACCCAAUCGCAAGUCUUUCAUGCACCGCCCUAUAAUUUUGGCGCUUCGAAAAUUGGGUUCUUCAAUUUUGCGAUUUUCGCAGGAGUCUUGAUCGGUCUAUUCACAGCCGGCCCCUUGAGUGAUCUUUGUGCCAAAUGGCUAACAAAGAGAAACCACGGUAUCAGGGAGCCUGAGAUGAGAUUGCCGGCUAUGAUUCCCUAUGUUAUUAUUAUGAUUAUUGGUAAUAUCGUUGUCGCCCUUGCAUAUCAACACAGCUGGGAUUGGAAGAUUGCCGUCAUUAUCGGCUAUACCUGCGCUGGAAUCCAGCUUGCUGGUCUCCCAGCGAUUGUAUCCACCUAUGCUGUUGACUCGUAUAAACCGGUUGCAGGCCCGCUGUUUGUGGCAAUCACGAUUACCAAGAACGUCUGGGGAUAUGGUUAUUCGAAAUAUCUCACCAAAUGGACUAUGAGCAGUGGAUACAUUGCUCCAAUUAUGACCAACAUGGCUCUGAUAACUCUCUGGUGUCUGUGUGGUCUCAUAUUUUGGUAUAGGGGGAAGUCAUUUAGGAAGUGGACAAGGGAUUCUAAAGUACACACCAUGUGAAAUCAGGAUAACCUUUCUAGUGGAUGUCUCAGAUAACGUGUUAUUUUUAACAUGACACUUACAUGGGUUCAAGGUUCCAUAACUUCUCAUUAUGAUCUAAGUUACCUUCAACAAUACACGAUCGAUUCUUCCAGUCCUAUUGAGAUAGACCUUCAUCCUUGGAAGUUGAUUCCUUUUCUAUAUCG